CGCAAACCUAUAGAGGUCUAAAAGACUCCGGACUGCGGGGCACAGAGUAAUUCAGACGAACUUCAACAAGCCAGCAGUAGAAACAGGCACUGGAAUCAUUUGAAAGUUUCUAAAAGCAAAAUGCCGUCUACAGAGAAAGACCUUGCUGACGACGCACCAUGGAAGAAAAUUCAGCAAAACACUUUCACGCGCUGGUGCAAUGAACACCUGAAGUGCGUGAACAAGCGGAUAGCGGACCUGCAACUGGACCUGAGCGAUGGGCUGAGGCUUAUCGCCCUACUGGAGGUCCUCAGCCAGAAGAAGAUGUACAGAAAGUACCAUGCAAGACCCACCUUUAGGCAGAUGAAGUUGGAGAACGUGUCCGUGGCUCUCGAGUUUCUGGACAGAGAGAAUAUUCGCCUGGUCUCCAUAGACAGCAAGGCCAUCGUGGAUGGGAACCUGAAGCUCAUCCUGGGCAUGGUGUGGACCCUCAUCCUCCACUACUCCAUCUCCAUGCCCGUGUGGGAGGACGAGGACGACGACGCCGAGAAGAAGACGCCCAAGCAGCGUCUGCUGGGCUGGAUCCAGAACAAGGUGCCCGACCUGCCCAUCACCAACUUCAGCAGGGACUGGAGGGACGGCAAGGCCCUGGGAGCCCUGGUGGACAGCUGCGCUCCAGGUCUGUGUCCUGACUGGGAGAAUUGGGACUCCGUGAAGCCGUCGAACAACGCGAGCGAGGCUAUGCAGCUGGCCGACGAUUGGCUGGGGAUCCCUCAGGUGAUUGCCCCAGAGGAGAUCAUCGACCCCAGUGUGGAUGAGCAGUCCGUGAUGACCUACCUGUCACAGUUCCCCAAGGCCAAACUCAAGCCUGGCGCACCACUUAAACCCAAGCUCAACCCCAAGAAGGCCCGCGCCUACGGACCAGGUAUUGAGCCAGUGGGGAACAGGGUGAUGCGUCCUGCAGUGUUCACAGUGGAUUCCUUCAGUGCCGGCCAGGGCCAGGUCACCGUCUACGUGGAGGACCCAGAGGGCACCAGAGAAGAGGUGAAAGCCGUCCCCAAUGAGGGAAAGAAGACCUACAGUGUGACCUACUUGCCCCAGGUCAUGGGCCCUCACAAGGUGACGGUGCUGUUCGCCGGCCAGGAGAUCCCAAAGAGUCCGUUUGAGGUGAACGUGGACAAGGCCCAGGGCGACCCCACCAAGGUCACAGCUAAGGGGCCGGGCCUGGAGCCCCUGGGGAACAUCGCCAACAAACCCACCUACUUUGACAUCUACACCGCAGGGGCCGGAGUGGGCGACGUGACGGCCGUCAUCACGGACCCCCAGGGGGGGAAGGGCGUGGAGGCCAUGAUGGAGGACAAGGGGGACAGUGUGUUCCGCUGCACCUACAAGCCCACCCAGGCGGGUCCCCACACCGUCACCAUCACCUUCGGGGGCAUCGCCAUUCCCAAAAGCCCCUGCACUGUCAACGUCGGCCCCGCCUCCGUGCCCAGCGCGUGUCGGGCCACAGGGCGCGGGCUGCAGCCGAGAGGCGUCCGGGUGCGUCAGGUGGCUGACUUCAAGGUGGACACGCGCAACGCCGGCAGCGGAGACCUGAAGGUCUCAGUCAAGGGGCCGAAGGGUCUUGAUGAGCCUAUGAAGCAGAAGGAGGCUCUGGACGGUGUGUAUGCCUACGAGUAUUACCCCAACGCCACCGGCAAGUACACCGUCACCAUCACCUGGGGAGGACAGCACAUUCCCAAGAGUCCGUUUGAGGUGCAGGUGGGCGCCGAGGCGGGGCCCCAGAAGAUCAGGGCGUGGGGUCCAGGCCUGGAGGGAGGCAUUGUGGGCAAGUCAGCUGACUUUGUGGCAGAAUCGAUCGGCACAGACGUGGGAGUCCUGGGCUUCGCCAUAGAGGGCCCGUCCCAGGCCAAGAUCGAGUGCGAGGACCAGAACGACGGCUCGUGCGACGUGAAGUACUGGCCCACGGAGGCCGGCGAGUACGCCGUGCAUGUCAUGUGUGACGACGAGGACAUCGAGGACAGUCCCUUCAUGGCCUACAUCGUCCCCGACAACGGCACCAACGACCCCGCCCAGGUCCAGGCCUAUGGCCCUGGUCUGGAGAAGACCGGCUGUGUCAUCAACAAACCUGCCGAGUUCACCGUCAACGCUAAGGAUGCUGGGAAGGGUCCCCUGAAGAUCAUUGCCCAGAAUGCCGAGGGAGCUCCAGUUGACGUGAAGUUGAAGAACAAGGGGGACAACGUGUACGCCUGUUCCUACACCCCGACCUCCGCCCUCAAGCACACCGUGGUCGUCACCUGGGGAGGGGUCAGCGUGCCCAACAGUCCCUUUCGGGUAAAUGUUGGGAAAGGAAGCCAUCCUCAGAAGGUGAAGGUCUUUGGUCCUGGAGUGGAGAGAACUGGGCUGAAGGCCAGCGAACCAACACACUUCACUGUGGACUGCACGGAGGCUGGGGAGGGAGACGUGAGCGUCGGUAUCAAAUGUGAUGCCAACAUCAUCAGCGACAAGGAGGAGGACGUAGACUUUGACAUCAUCCCCAACGCCAAUGACACCAUCACUGUCAAGUACAUCCCCCCUGGGGCAGGGAGACUCACCAUCAAAGUGCUCUUCACUGACCAGGAGAUCCCCGUCAGUCCGUUCAGGGUCAAAGUUGAGCCCUCCCAUGAUGCAUCAAAGGUCAAGGCAGAGGGACCAGGAUUGGCCCGUUCGGGUGUGGAAAGUGGGAAGCCGACUCACUUCACCGUCCACACCAAGGGGGCCGGCAAGGCGCCCGUGGACGUCAAGUUCACCGGCACCGAGAAGGGAGACGCCGUCCAGGACUUCGACAUCAUCGACAACUACGACUACUCGCACACGGUCAAGUACACACCCGUACAACAGGGUGAGAUGGUGAUCAUCAUCACCUUCGGUGGGGACAUCAUCCCCAAAAGCCCCUUCACUGUGGGGGUGGCAGCACCCCUGGACCUCAGCAAGGUCCAGGUCAAUGGCCUGGAUGGCAGAGUUGAGGUGGGUCAGGACCAGGAGUUUGCGGUGAGCACCAAGGGUGCAGGGGGUCAGGGCAGGCUGGAGGUCAAGGUGACCAGCCCGACCCAGAGGGCUGUGCCCUGCACGGUGGAGGCCCAGCCCGGGAAGGCCAGCAGCCUUGCUCACUACAUCCCCAAGGAGGAGGGGAUCUACUCUGUGGACGUCACCUACGACGGACACCCCAUCCUGGGGAGCCCAUUCCCUGUGGAGGCCAUGCUGCCUCCAGACCCCAGCAAGGUGAAGGCCUUUGGUCCCGGCCUUAAAGGGGGUCUGGUGGGUAACCCAGCAGAGUUCACCAUCGACACCAAGGGGGCUGGUACAGGCGGUCUGGGCUUGACGGUCGAGGGUCCCACCGAGGCCAAGAUCGAGUGUUCCGACAACGGGGACGGCACCUGCUCGGUCUCCUACCUCCCCACCGAGCCUGGAGAGUACCUGGUCAACAUCCUGUUCGAGGAGGUCCCCAUCCCCGGCUCGCCCUUCCACGCCGACGUCCAGAUGCCCUUCGACCCCACCAAGGUGGUGGCGUCGGGCUCCGGGCUGAAGCGGGCCAAGGUGGGCGAGACCAGCGUGGUGAACGUGGACUGCUCCAGGGCCGGUCCGGGCAAGCUCACCCUGGAGGCAGCGGGCGACUCCGGCCCCGGAAGCAAGGCCAAGACGGAGGUGGUGGACAACAAAGACGGCACCUACACGGUCACCUAUGUGCCCCUGACGGCCGGCAUGUACACCCUGCUGCUGAAGUACGGGGGCAAGGCUGUGCCAGGGUUCCCUGCCAAGGUGAUGGUCGACCCUGCGGUGGACACCUCCAGGGUCAAGGUGUUUGGACCCGGAGUGGAGGGACAAGCCGUGUUCCGGGAAGCCACCACUGACUUCACCGUGGACGCCCGUUCGCUGACCAAGACGGGAGGCGACCACGUGAAGACGCGGGUCAAGAGCCCGUCAGGCUCCCUGGUCGACUGUCAGGUGAAAGACCAGGGCGACGGGACCUACGGCGUGGAGUACACACCCUUCGAAAAUGGUCCCCACAGUGUUGAGGUCCUGUAUGAUGAUGCCCCUGUGCCCAAGAGCCCCUUCAAGGUGUCCGCCACAGAGGGCUGCGACCCGGCCCGCGUGCUGGCCAAAGGCCCCGGGCUGCAGGGGGCCCUCACGGAGAAGCCCAACAACUUCUCCAUCGUCACCAGAGGGGCUGGCAUCGGUGGUCUGGGCAUCACUGUGGAGGGGCCCUCCGAGUCCAAGAUGUCUUGCAAGGACAACAAGGACGGCAGCUGCAGUGUGGAGUACGUGCCCUACGUCCCUGGGCUGUACGACGUCAACAUCACCUACGGAGGAGAGCACAUCCCUGGCAGUCCGUUCAAGGUGCCAGUGAAGGAUGUGGUGGAUGCCAGCAAGGUGAAGCUCUCCGGGCAGGGUGUGGGGUCAGGGGUCAGGGCCAAGAUCCCCCAGUCCUUCACCGUGGACUGCAGCAAGGCUGGGGUGGCCCCCCUCUCUGUCGCCGUCAUGGCGCCGAAAGGUUUGGCAGAGCCAGUGCAGGUGACAGACAAUGGAGACGGGACCCACACCGUGGCCUACACUCCCUCCUUGGAGGGACCCUACUCUGCCGUGGUCAAGUAUGCUGACGAGGAGAUCCCUCGCAGCCCCUUCAAGUUCCGCGUGCUGCCCACCCACGAUGCCAGCAAGGUGCGUGCCAGUGGGCCCGGUCUGACCACAGGGGUGCCCGCCAGCCUGCCUGUGGAGUUCACCAUCGACGCCAAGGAUGCGGGAGAGGGCCAACUGGCAGUGCUAAUCACUGACCAGGACGGCAAGGCCAAGAAGACCAGUAUCCAGGACAACGGCGACGGGACCUACAAGGUGUCUUACGUGCCAGACAAGGUCGGCCGCUACACCAUCGUCAUCAAGUACGGAGGGGACGAGAUCCCCACGUCGCCGUACCGGGUCCGCGCUACCACCAGCGGAGACGCCAGCAAGUGCACCGUCACCGGCCCUGGCAUCGGCCCCACCGUCGCCAUCGGUCAGGAGGUGGGCUUCGUGGUCAACACCAAAGGCGCCGGGAAAGGGAAGGUGCAGUGUGUGGUGGUGACCCCUGACGGGAGCGAGGUGGAGGCGGAGGUGAUGGAGAACGAGGACGGGACCUUUGACAUCUUCUACACUGCGCCCACCCCCGGGAACUACGUCAUCUACGUCCGCUUUGGAGGAGAGAACAUCCCCAAGAGCCCCUUCAGAGUCAUGGCUACUGAUGAGGUUCCCAUGAUGCAACAGCAGACAGCCCAACAGCAGCAGGGAGCUCCUGUAGCUGGCUUCCAACUUCCCUGGGUGACGACAGACGGCUACACCCCCGUUAACAGCAUGAACGGGACCGGCUUCAGGCCCUUCGACAUGGUCAUCCCCUUCGCCUUCAGGACGGGGGAGAUCACAGGCGAGGUGCACAUGCCGUCAGGGAAGACGGCCCAGCCUGAGAUCAUAGACAACAAGGACGGCACGGUGACCGUCAAGUACGCGCCCACCGAGGGAGGCCUCCACGAGAUGCACAUCAAGUACAACGGCACACACAUCCCAGAGAGUCCCCUCCAGUUUUACGUCAACAACACCAACAGCCCCAACGUGACUGCGUCCGGCCCCGGGCUCAUCUACGGCCUGGCCAACAAGACCGCCACCUUCACCAUCUACACUGAGGACGCCGCAGAGGGUGGUUUGGACCUGGCCAUCGAGGGCCCCUCCAAGGCAGAGAUCAGCUGUGUGGACAACAAGGACGGCACAUGCACGGUCACCUACCUGCCCACUCUGCCCGGCGACUACAACAUCCUGGUCCGCUACAACGACAAGCACAUCGCCGGCAGCCCCUUCACCGCCAGGAUCACUGAAGACAACAAGCGCAGGUCUCAGGUGAAGCUGGGCUCGGCGGCAGACUUCUCCCUGGACAUCAACGAGACGGACCUCAGCCUGCUGACGGCCAGCAUCAAGGCCCCCUCCGGGAGAGACGAGCCCUGCCUGCUCAAGAGGAUGCCCAACAACCACAUUGGUAUUUCCUUCAUACCGAGGGAGGUUGGGGAGCAUCUGGUCAGCAUCAAGAAGAAUGGCCGCCACGUGGCCAACAGCCCCAUCACCAUCAUGGUGGUGCAGUCUGAGAUCGGCGACGCGGGGAGGGUAAAGGCGUACGGCCAGGGCCUGGUCGAGGGACACACGUUUGAGAUGUCCGACUUCGUGGUGGACACCAGGGAAGCAGGGUACGGAGGUCUGGCUCUGUCCGUCGAGGGCCCCAGCAAGGUGGACAUCCAGACGGAGGACCUGGAGGACGGCACCUGCGGGGUGUCCUACUGCCCUUCGGAGCCCGGCUCCUACAUGGUCUCCAUCCGCUUCGCCGAGGAACACGUGCCAGGAAGCCCGUUCACGGUGAAGGUGACGGGGGAGGGGCGUAUCCGUGAGAGCAUCACACGCCGCCAAAAGGCAGCGUCCGUGGCCACCGUGGGGAGCGUCUGCGACCUCAACCUCAAGAUCCCAGAGAUCGACAUCCAUGAUGUCACAGCCCAGGUCACCAGCCCCUCCGGAACCACAGAGAAGGCGGAAAUGGUCGCGUCGGGCAACAACACCUACUGCGUGCGUUUCGUGCCCCACGAGAUGGGUGUGCACACGGUCAGCGUCAAGUACCGGGGCCAGCACAUCCCCGGGAGCCCCUUCCAGUUCACCGUGGGGCCACUGGGUGAGGGAGGGCCCCAGAAAGUACGUGCUGGAGGCCCCGGGCUGGAGAAGGCCGAGGCUGGAGCUCCAGCUGAGUUCAGUAUCUGGACACGAGAGGCCGGGGCCGGAGGUUUGUCCAUCGCCGUGGAGGGCCCCAGCCGGGCGGAGAUCUCCUUCGAGGACAGGAAGGACGGCUCGUGCGGCGUGGCCUACGUGGCCCAAGAACCUGGUGACUACGAGGUGUCCAUCAAGUUCAACGAGCAGCACAUCCCAGAGAGCCCCUACCUGGUGCCUGUGUGCGCGCCCGUGGACGACGCCCGCCGCCUCACUGUUACCAGUCUUCAGGAGUCAGGGCUCAAGGCCAACCAGCCGGCGUCGUUCGCGGUGCGUCUGAACGGGGCAAAGGGCAGCAUUGACGCCAAGGUGCACAGCCCCUCGGGGGCGCUGGAGGAGUGCGCCGUGUCCGAGCUGGAGCAAGACAAGUAUGCCAUCCGCUUCAUCCCCCGGGAGAACGGCCUCCACUCCAUUGACGUCAAGUUUAACGGCAGCCACAUCCCCGGCAGCCCGUUCCAGGUGCGCGUGGGCGAGCCGGGACAGAGCGGGGACGCCGGGCUGGUCAGUGCCUACGGGGCGGGCCUGGAGAAGGGCACCACAGGUAACAAGUCUGAGUUUGUCAUCAACAACUCCAAAGCUGGGCCCGGAGCGUUGGCGCUGACCAUCGAGGGCCCGUCCAAAGUCAAGAUGGAGUGCCAGGAGUGUCCAGAGGGCUACAAGGUCCACUACACCCCCAUGGCCCCCGGAAACUACAUGAUCAGCAUCAAGUACGGGGGGCCCAACCAUAUCACCGGCAGCCCUUUCAAGGCCAAAGUCACCGGUCCUCGCCUGGUCGAUGUGAACAACGCCAGCGAGACCUCCACCCUGAUGGUCGAGCCUUUCGCCAGGUCUUCCAGCGCCAGCUCCAACAGCGCCCUGCCCAGGACGGCCUCAGACGCCAGCAAGGUGCUCAGUCGAGGCCCAGGCCUCAGCAAGGCCUACGUGGGCCAGAGGAGCAGCUUCUCUGUAGACUGCAGCAAAGCUGGUAAGAACAUGCUGCUGGUGGGGGUCCACGGGCCUCACGUUCCCUGUGAGGAGGUGUUGCUCAAGCACAUGGGCAGCAUGCAGUACAACGUCAGCUACAUCCUCAAAGAGAGGGGGAACUACAUCCUGGCGGUCAAGUGGGGGGAGGAGCACAUCCCCGGCUCGCCGUUCCACGUCACCGUCCCAUAAUGCACCGGGGGGCCGGUGGAGUGGGCCGCACCGCUCCGGGCGCCAACAGAAACGUGUGAUUAGUAAGACCAUGGAACUGUCUAGAGCCCCAAUGUUAGGAAUUGACAAAUUUGCACUUGGUGACAUCUUAUACUGUAAGUGACAGGUAAAUCCUUGAUAUUGCAUUAUCACAUUUGACACAACAAUGCACAUUUUCCAAAUUCACUCCUAAUAAUGGGAUUAGCGACAGAAUAACAGGAUUCACUUUGCCACAAUUUAUCAUUUAAACGAGGAGACCAACUGAACUGGAAGAUGUGGAACCGAGAGUCUUAAUAUUUACUACUGAUGUUCUGUGUUGUCUUCUUGUACUGUUGUAUUUCCACACUUUGACAUGAUUUUACAACAGAUGCCAUAGUUGACAACCCAUUGACCCAUGUUGUUCAGCUGAACACUGCUAUUUCCUGACUGGUUCUCCUGCAGUGUACUCAACUGUGACAUGUUUGUGUCUGUGUCUGUACUGCGUGUUGAACCAGCCUCAGCUAAACUGACCACCUGGUUCUGCUUGGGGAAUGCUCCUGGUUUUGCUGAGCUCUGCUCCAACAGAGAUUGAUGUUCCAAUGAUCUGUACUUCACUGUGAGCAUGCAAGAAAGUCCAUAGAAAUUGAAUGAUGUUGUGUUUGUGCCAUAUACUAAGUGCAGAUCUUGGGGAACGGAUGCAACUUGGCGAAUUUUUUGCGCAACCAUAUUGCUAUUUCGAAUAUAUAUACCUGCUGUCUGACUGGUUUGCAACUUUGUGUUAAAAUCUCAGUUGUCUAUACGAUGUUCAUCCACCAGAAACAAAUGCUUCUCCACUUGCUUUCUAUACUCUGCACAAUCAAUUCUAUCCUGGUCUUAAAAUCUUCUUACACUUUCAGGAAUAACUUUGUUACUCAUGUAUGUAUACUUCUGAUUCUUGUCUCGUCUCAGUGUAGGUUUAUGAUAUCAACGAUAGUUUUGAUACCCAUGGGAUGAAAGUAUUUUGUAAUAAGUAUUUUAAAAGACAAAACAGUCACACUUUUCUUUUUGUAUUGGGUGAUCAAAUGUGAAAAACAUGAAUUGAUCUAUAUCCUGUAUGAUGUAGAUCUUGUACAUUGAUGUACGAUAAUAAAAGCAAACUGGAAAUAAAGUUGAAAAACUUCA